CGUUCGAGCCGGUUGCCCGAGCAGCAGCAGCAGCAGCAGCGGCGGCGGCGGCGGCACUGAGGCAGGUUGUUUGAGGACUGAAUGUCGUGCUGACUUCUGAGGGGACUCACAGCCGAGACGGGGGACGAGGACGGACAGGCUGUUAGAAUGGCUUCAAACUUCAACGAUAUAGUGAAGCAGGGCUACGUGAGGAUUCGGAGUAAGAAACUGGGGAUCUUCAGAAGAUGCUGGCUUGUAUUCAAGAAGGCAUCCAGUAAAGGACCACGGCGAUUAGAGAAAUAUCCAGAUGAAAAAGCUGCUUACUUCAGAAGCUUUCACAAGAUAACUGAGCUCCACAACAUUAAGAACAUUACUCGGAUGCCACGAGAGACCAAGAAACACGCAGUGGCAAUUAUUUUCUGCGAUGAGACGUCAAAGACAUUUGCCUGUGAGUCAGAGCUGGAGGCCGAGGAGUGGUGGAAGUUAUUGUGUUUGGAGUGUCUGGGCAGCAGACUUAAUGACAUCAGCCUGGGAGAACCGGACUUGUUAGCAGCAGGGGUGCAGAGGGAACAGAACGAAAGGUUUAACGUUUACUUGAUGCCGACCCCAAACCUGGACAUCUACGGAGAGUGCACAAUGCAGAUCACCCACGAGAACAUCUACCUUUGGGACAUCCAUAACGCCAGAGUCAAGCUGGUCAUGUGGCCGCUCAACUCCCUGAGGAGAUACGGCAGAGACUCGACCUGGUUCACGUUUGAGUCCGGGAGGAUGUGUGACACAGGGGAGGGUUUGUUUACGUUCCAGACCAGAGAAGGCGAGAUGAUCUAUCAGAGAGUUCACUCUGCCACGCUGUCCAUCGCUGAGCAACAUGAACGCAUGAUGAUGGAGAUGGAGAAGAGCUCACAGACUCUUUCAAACGAGAGCACAUUAACAAAGUCGAUAUCGCUCCCGCGAAGCGCUUACUGGCACCACAUCACGCGUCAGAACAGCGUGGGAGACAUCUGCAAUUACCAAGGUACGAGCUUGACUAUGACACUCAUUCCACGAGCGCAGACAUUUCAAAGCUUCCUUUCCGAGCAGACGGAGGAGGAACGGAGCCAGGAGCAAGCGACGGCGGCCUCUAGCGGCUGCGAUAGGGAUUGCAGCAGCUCGCCGCUCCGUUGACGAAAGCCACGACUCACGGACAUUCCAAAGCUUUAGGAAGCUCAUAGACACAUGUACAGUAUGAACUCUCUCUAUAUAUGUAUGUAUAUGUAUGACUUAAUAAUUAUUUGUAGGACAGUGUGUAUACUAAGAACUCUAGGAGCCUUUUUGUACGUUGAAGAAAAAAAAACACAACAAAUGCCAAAAAGUUGUACCAUAAUCUUUAUUUUCCUUGUGUAGUUUAAGACAAAAAGACUUUCUGCAGUUAUUUUUCAGAUUUCCUGUAAAUAUUAAUGCGCUGUAGCGCUUAAACCAUGACUUUCUUGCGUUUCUGUCUGUCGUCGUAAUGGGACACCCACUUAGAUUCUGUCAAACAAGAUAUGUGUUUGUUUUAGCACCCUGCACUUUUGAAUUAGAGCUUGUUUUGCACUUUUGCCAUUUGCUUUGGGUUUCAAUGUGCAGCCAUGUUGUCUGUAGAUGCGUGCAGUGUGGGAAAUGGGGAAAAUGUAUACAGUUGAGGUCAAAAGAUUACAUACACCUUGCAGGAUGUGCAAAAUGUUAAUUAUUUUACUAAAAUGAAAGGAAUCAUACAAAAAGCAUGCUAUUUUUUGUUUAGUAUUUAGUACUGAAUAAGAUAUUUCACAUAAAAGAUGUUUAAAUAUAGUCCACAAAAUAGUAGUUGAAUUAUAUAUAUUUUUUAGUGAUAGUUAUUCAUGAGUCCCUUGUUUGUCCUGAACAGUUAAACUGCCUGCUCAAAAAAUUCUUUAGGUCCCACAAAUUCUGUGGUUUUUCACCAGUUUGUGUAUUUGAACCCUUUCCAACAAUGACUGUAUGAUUUUGAGAUCCAUCUUUUCACACUGAGGUCAACUGAGGGACUCAUAUGCAACUAUUACAGAAGGUUCAAACACUCACUGAUGCAUUAAGAGCCAGGGGUGUGAAAACUUUUGAACAGAAUGAAGAUGUGUACAUUUUUCUUAUUUUACCUAAAUAUCAUAUUUUUCAUUUAAUAUUGCCCUUCAGAAGCUACAGAAGAUACUUGUUUCCCAAAAGACAAAAUAAGCUAAAUUUACCCUGAUCUUCAAAUUCAAAAGGUUUUCACCCGCCGGCUCUUAAUGUGUCGAGUUUCAUUCUGGAGCAUCAGUGAGCAUUUGAAUCUUCUGUAAUAGUUGCAUAUGA